AACUAGUCCAGAUAAGUCGUCCAGACGACUUCCUGGAAAGUCGUCUGGACGACUUACUGGAAAGUCAUCUGGGCAGACGACUUAAGGGGGUUAGAAACGUAAAAAAAUUUCGGUUUUUUUGUUUGUUCACAAGGGGUUGGUUGUAAUUUCAAUAGCCUUUUAGGUUACUUUUGCAUUUGUUUCAAGUUUGGGUUAAUCUUUGUGUUUGAAAUCAAGUUUUGAGUCAUAUUUGGCAAUUUUCCCAAUUUUGUUUUCAAGAAUUUCAAUAAUAUAAUAUGUUACUUGAUUAUUGUUUUUCACUGCAGCUUAUUCUUUUUAUCUAAAUAAAAUUAUCUUUAUCAGAAAGUUUUUUUAAUGUGGCCAUCUGUUUAAAUACACGCUAAACUAUUAUAAAUUUUAAUUUUUUAUUUAUAGGACAUAUAAUAAACUAUUAUUUUUAUUUAACAUGCACAUGUUUUAUCAUAUCUAUAUCGACUUUUAUAUUAACGAAUAUGGAAAGAAAUUUUCACAAGAAAAAAAGAAAGAAAUUUUCACUGCGAGAUGGUGUAUGAUAAUAGACCCAAACUUCUAUGUGUUGAAAUAGACUUUUGUUACAACUUACAACACACGGUUACAAGUUUUAAAAACAUAAAUUUUACUUGAAUAUGUGUUGUAUAAGCUAAAAAUGAUAAUAUGACCAGUUAGUUACUUUAACUCACAGAAAAUAGUUGCCUAGGUGGCCAGGGCUUAACACACCUAAACUUCAAUGUAUUGAAAUAGACUUUUGUUACAACUUACAACACAUGAUUACAAGUUUUAAAAACAAAAAUGUUACUUAAAUAUAUGUUGUAUAAGCUAAAAAUGAUAACAUGACCAGUAAGUUAUUUUAACUCGCAGAAAAUAUAUAGUUGCCUAGGUGGCAACACACCUAAAUGUUUUAAAAAUCAAUCGAUACAUUUACUUAAUUAAGAAAAAGAAAUUAAAAAACAACGAAUUGAAUUCCUAUAAAUUACUGGCUUCCAGAAUCUAGUAAAAACUUUUUACUAUAUAAAUCAUCUCGAUCUAUCCAAUUUUUUUACUAAAUCAUCUUUGCUUCACAACACAAUAAACAAAACUAUACACUUUGAAUUACACAUUCACGGUACUUAUGGCAGCUCAAGUGUUAAAUAAAACUUAUAGGGCAUUCAUGAUUUUAACUUUAUUUACAAUGAUUUGUUCGAUACAAGUUUCUGAUUCAAUCCCAAGAGAUGUGUGUAUAAAAGAUUGUGUCAUAAAUCAAUGCAUGAAAGCAUCAAAAAAAGCAACUCCAGCAAUUUGUGACAACCCGUGCCAGAUCAUUUGUGAUCCAAUGAAUAAUGAGCGAUACAUUACCCCCAGUCAAGGUUAUCGAAAUCCUGUAAAAAGGUUUUGUGAAACAUUUACUUGGAUAUGUCAGUAACUGGGAAAAUAAUUCUACAACAAGACUGGAAAACUAAGCGUGUAAUUUUUUUAAUGUAUAUUUAUAUGUUGUAUUAUUUGAGCGUGUGAUUUGUUUUUAAUGCAUAAGUUAUAGAUUUAUAUUUGUACCAUUUGAUCUUAAUAUUUUAUAUACCUAUUUUACAAUAAUAUUUCAUGUACCUACAUUCAUAUUUUAUAAAACAAAAUAAAAUAUUUAACAAUGUAAAUCAUGAUAAAAUUUAAUAUAUAAAUAUCAGCUUGAAAUUCUGACCUUUAAAUGUCUCAUUCCAAAAGAUUAUAAUGAUAUUGGCCAAAAAUGACUCAAAACUUAAAUUUGAAUGCAAAUAAAUACUUUAAAUUUGAUCAUAUGCAAAAGUAACAGAAAAUGAUAGUAAAAUUACAAUUAUCUCUUAUGUCCAAACAAAAAAAAUUAAUUACGGUUAUAACCCUGUAAAGUGUUCUGUAAACAAUGAAGUCUUCUCCCAUAAAGCUUUUUGAAAAAUCUACUCAUCCCGAAAAGAUUUCUCGAGAAGUGUAUUUAUGUAUUUAAUCUUAAAAUUAAUUUAUAAAAUUAUGAAAAAGAUUUUGUUGAAAAUAAAUCAAAAUCAUGUAAAUAUAAAAAAUUCUAAAUUUUAAAUUUAAAUUUA